CUCCUUAGACCUAUCAUGACGUAAAGAUGGCGGCGUCCACAUCAAGUCGUGCUGCACGCUUAAUAUCAGUUGCCUUAUCCACAGGACCUUUCAAAGUAUCUGGUUUUGUCACUUCAGUAUACGGUGAUGCACGGCUUCUGUCGCUUACGGGAACACGUUAUUAUUCAGCUGUUGGUCAUGAGAGAUGUUGGAAAGCGGCAAGCAGCGUGACAUUGAGGAGGUUGUCAUGGUCCAAGGCCAGGCAUGUCCUCAGUGCUCAGCCCUUCCACACCAGUGCAGUCUGUCAGAACAAGGAGGAUCUCUACCAACUUUUGGGUGUUCCGCGCAGUGCUUCGCAGAAAGAUAUCAAGAAGGCAUAUUACCAGAUGGCAAAGAAGUACCACCCGGAUACCAAUCCAGAUGAUCCUCAAGCAAAAGAGAAGUUUGCCAAGUGUGCAGAGGCAUAUGAGGUGUUGAGUGACGAGGUGAAGAGGAGGCAGUAUGACACGUACGGCUCGGCCAGUGGUCCAGGCCAGAGCAACGCCAGAGAGCAGCAGUUCUGGAGAGGGGGCUCCAACGUGGAUCCCGAGGAGCUCUUCCGCAAGAUCUUUGGUGAUUUCACUGGAGCGCGGGGAUUCGGAGAUUUCAGCUCCAUAUUCGAGCAGCCUCCAGAGUUUGUAAUGGAUCUGACGUUUACUCAAGCCGCCAAGGGUGUCAACAAGGAGAUCACAGUCAACAUAGAGGACACCUGCCCGCGUUGUGAUGGCAAAGGAAGUGAACCUGGCACCAAAGUCCAGCACUGCCACUAUUGCAAUGGCACAGGCAUGGAGUCUGUGAACACAGGCCCCUUCAUGAUGCGCUCCACCUGCCGCCGGUGCGGUGGCCGCGGCUCCAUCGUCAUCACGCCCUGCAUCAUGUGCCGGGGCCGGGGCCAGACCCAGCAGAAGCACACGGUCACGGUGCCGGUACCGCCAGGUGUGGAUGACGGACAGACUGUGCGGAUGCCUGUGGGGAAGAAGGAGAUGUACAUCACGUUUAGAGUCCAGAGGAGUUCGGUGUUCAGACGCGAUGGUCCGGACAUCCACUCGGACGUGCGCAUCUCGGUGGCCCAGGCCAUCCUGGGGGGCGCAGCCACCGCGCCAGGUCUCCAUGACACCAUCAGCAUACAGAUUCCUCCAGGGAUGCAGCCGGACCAGCGCAUCAGGCUACAGGGCAAGGGCAUCCAGCGCAUGAACAGCUACAGCUACGGUGACCACUACGUACACAUCAAGAUCAAAAUCCCCAAGAAACUGAGCCAGAGGCAGAGGAAGCUCCUGUUGGAGUAUGCUGAGGAGGAGGAGGACGUGCAGGGCACGGUCAACGGGGUCACUCCUGCAGCCAGGGCCAAGAGUAGCCAGUCCUCUGGAGGAGAGCAGCAGCAGCAGCAAGAGGAGGAGAGACAGAAAGAGGAGGGAAAGAAGGAGGAAGGAGGCUUCUUCUCCAAGCUGAAGAAAAUGUUCAGCUGACUGCCACAGGCAAGAGACCCUCAGGUCACGGACACGGCUAGUAGCAGAGAGGUGGAGCUGGUGGACCUCCCUCUCUCAUAUUUUGGACCCCCCUCACCCCCGGAGGCCACAUAGGCUGGAGACCGGCCCUGGUGGGGGGGCCACGCACGGAAAGACAGAAUAUUCUAGAAGGGUAACCCGCAGCCUGGCUAGUAGACGGGCGCCCACCCCCACACCUCCGCACACCACAACGUUUACAGACGAAAAGACAGCAGGACGCGCUGGCGAACGGGAUCCUUAGUGGACAGAGGGCGAACUGCUUAAGGAGGAGACUGAGUUAGGCUACCUCACGAGCGACGUGAAGGAGGUGGAGAAGAGGAGGAGGUCUUUUGAGGGUGGAGGUGUGUUGGGUGGAGUGGUAUGGAGUGUUUGUGUGUGCAGUACUGUACCCCAAGUCUUUUGAAGCAUUCACUUUACAAUGGGACUGAUGGAAAAGUGAUUAAAUAAAUGACACAAAUAUAGGCACAGUUGUUAUUUUUCUGGUGUUUUGAUAUAUUUGGUGUAUGUAUUUAAUAUAUUGUGUGAGAUAAUGCCUUUUUCCCUGUGGGAACACACAACAUGUAAUGAAGUUAAUGACCAUUUACAGUAAAAAAAUAAGUAAUUUUGUCUAAAUGUAAGAACCUGUGAUUGAAAACCUUAAUAACUAUUAUUAAAAUAUGAAUGGCAAAAAUGGUUUCUAUAAACCAUCAAAAGUUGGUUGAGGAAACACAAAUCAGUGGUUGGCAGCCAAUGUCUAGAUCUGCUUCCAUGUGAAAGUGGUAGCCACCAGGGGGUGCUAGUGGACUGUAUAUUGGGUUUUGUGAUAUGCGAGGAUCAAACCUAACUUGUUAGCUUUGUUUCAGAGCUGAAGAGCAAAACAAUAGCAAGCAGUGUUUUAGAUUCUACUAUUAAAACAAUCAAGUGAU